UGUAGCAAUUUAGAGGAGGCGCGUGCUAGAAAUGCCACAAUCAGCAAAGAAGACAAGCAAAACCACGCGCUAUCGAAUGUAACUCAGCAUAGUCUGCGCGCGAUUCCUCCCGUUUCAAAGAUAGCAGAAAUGAAUAACCGUGCACGCUCCAGCUGUUAAAGAGGGUCCUAUAAAGCGCGGAGAAAGAGACCAUGUGAAGGCGUCUUGCAAAAUAUCUUCGUGCAGGAACAAGUGAAAGUUAAGGCUCUGAGCAAGGAAUGUCUACAGAAGAGAAGCCUGAAGCUCCCAUGUAUGUGUAUGAGUCGACGGUGCAUUGUGCCAACAUCCUACUGUGCCUGAAUGAACAGCGGAAGCAGGACGUCUUGUGCGAUGUGACCGUGCUGGUGGAAGGUAGGGAGAUCCGUGCUCACAGGGCAGUGCUGGCAGCCUGUAGCCAGUAUUUCUCCCAGCUGCUCAGAGCCCAGACAGAACAUGAGCCAGUCAUCAGCCUGCCACAGAAGGUCACAGAGAGAGGCUUUGCCCCACUGUUGCAGUUUGCCUACACAGCCAAACUGUUACUCAACAGGGACAACAUCCAGGAAGUCAUGUGCUGUGCAGAAUUCUUAGGCGUGCAUAACCUGGAAGACUCCUGCUUCCGCUUUCUACAGGCUCAGAUGAAAAGUGAGGUUGAUGACAUGCACAACAGCCAGAACCCCCUAUUACCUCAUACACUGGGUCAGAACCAUCAUGGAACAAAGUAUGGAAUUGUGCGACCAAAUGAUUCCAAACCACCACUGUUUGGAUCAAGGCUGCACUCUUGCGACCUCAGCCCUUCCAAGGACAUAAAGCAAUUGCAUGUCCCAAACAACCUGCAUGAAUCAGACCAAGCUUCUUCCUUUGAUCUCCCUCGUUGUCCCAAAUAUAGAAAGUACCAUCAGGUAUAUGCGAAGCACAACGUAACCACCUCGUCAAAUAGCAGUACCUCAAGCUUACACGGAUUGAUGCAAGAUACCAUCACCAGUAUUGAUGCCCGGGGCCUGGAUAUCUCCAAUGUGAAAACAGAGCCAGCUGCUGGGGAGGAAUGCCUACCACUGGACCUGUGCCAGGUGGAACAGGAUGUUCUGGUCAGGAGUAGAGGGACAGAUGUGGAAAAAGACAUGGAAACAGAGUUAGAUGGCAGGCAGCUAAGUUCAACACCCACUGAACUGCCUCCAAGCAAACGUUCACCAGUGUGCCUGCGCUCCCUUGUUAAAAAGGAAGUAACAACUUUGGAUCAGUGUCUUACCUCUGAUGUGCAGCUUGCCAACAGAACCUCUCGCAUUCGAGAUAGACAAGUUGCUCAGGGUGACUUUCAAAAGGACUAUCACGCUUUCGUUGGGGGACUUGUGACUUCCUCAAAGAAGGUUGAGAAACUAACCGAUGGAUUGUCCUUCAAGUCAUUGUCCUUUGAAAGGAUCUGUUCAAAUGAAGUUGAACAGGAGAGUGACCGAAGGAGUGUCAUUUUCUCCUCUCGGGCCCCCAACCAUCUGACGGCACCAGCUUAUUCCUACCCUGGAGAGAGUUGUAUGGGGAAGGAGACCCUGGAAGACCCAUGGGCAGGUUCCAGCCAGUCAUUCCCAUGCUCCCUAACACUAUCCCCUACUUCUGUCUUUCAAGAGCCUCCAUUGUCCUACCGCCAUCACCCAAAAAGCAGCUGUCCAGUGCCCAUCAAAAUGUGUCCCCAGUCCUCUCGCACUGAGUGCCACAUCAGAACCUCUAGUUCUUGCUCUUCCUACUCUUACGCUGAUGAUGGCAGCGGAGGUUCGCCAUCCAGCCUGCCCCAGUUUGAGCUCUCUUCCUCUCCUUGUUCCACCAUGGCGCGAUGCCUGGCUCUUGAGCACCAGGAGCACAGCAUGUCAGGGCCACCGAAGAUCAAGUGCGAGAUGUCGUAUGACACCAAUUCCAGUGACGAGUCUGGAUCCUUCUCUGAUGGAGAUAGCGAAUCAUGUCCCACCAAAGAGCGCAGGCAAGAGGUGAAACUGCCUUUCUCAUUAGAUCACAUCACAAAGCUUCCACGGAAUGACUUUCAGCUAAUGAUAAAGAUGCAUAAACUGACCUCGGAUCAGCUAGACUUCAUCCACGACAUGCGACGUCGCAGUAAAAACCGCAUCGCAGCUCAGCGCUGCCGGAAAAGAAAGCUGGACAGCAUUCAGAACCUCGAGUGUGAGAUUCACAAACUGGUUUGCGAGCGACAGAAGCUCCUAACCGAACAGAACCAGUUGAAGGUCUGUAUGGGAGAGCUCUGGGAAAACUUUUCAUUUUUGUCUCAGGAGGUCUGCCGGGAGGAACAGCAGAGUCCAGGUCAGACCCGAUCUCAGUAUCAUCUGCAUCCAGGACCUGUUUCAUCCAGUUCAACCAGUACAGACCUUAGAAUCUCUCCCAGUCCCACCAGUAUAGAUAUCACGCUCGCAUCCAGUGGCAGCAUGGUGUCGUCCCAAAACUUCUCUGACUGCCAGGCCACGGCUGAUUUGCCAUGCCCACACCUAAGAGUGACCGGAGAGGCUGUGCUGUCCCAGGACAGUGUCACCUCUCUGAGGUCAGAGUCCUCCCUCCAGACAGCCAGCUCGAGCGUGACGAUGGAUUUCUGCCAGGAAAUGACUGAGAAAUGCACGACAGAUGAGCAACCACAGAGGAACUGAAUCUAGUUACCUGGAUUUUAUUUAAUUUUUUUGUCAUCAUUUACUUACCCUCAUGUUGUUCCAAACGUAUGAUUUUCUUUCUCAGUCUGAGUCACCAUUCGCUUUUUUUGUAAUGGCUGGGGCUGACAUUCUGCAUCUCAAUUUGUGUUCCACAGAGGAAAGAAAGUCUUGUUUGGAUCUGCAUGAGUAGUUGAGGGUGAGUAGUUCAUUUUUUUUGUGAACUUUCCCUUCUUUAAUAAACAAGUAUUGGUUUAAUCAGAUUUUUAAAUGUUACACUUUUUUCAUCAACAUGAAGUUUUGUUUGUUGACUGCAUGUUAUCAUGUUCAUGAUGUAGUAUACCUGUAUAUUAUGGUGAUGUGUGUGUGUGCGCGCGUAUGGAUGAGUUCUUGUACAUGCUGUAUAGGAUGCAAAAAUCAUUCUUUUUCUAAAAUCUUUUACUUUCCAUCCAUUUUUGGUACCUAAAUAUCAUAUUUAUCUCAGGAAUUGCAUUGUGUGUGUGUGUGUGUGUGUGUGUGUGUGUUGGAAACUUCAAAUCAAGCAACAUAAGUAAAUGUGAUUUUAAUGUGUUUCGAACUGUUUUGUACCUGUGCUGCAUCAUUUUUUUAUUUUGCAUUCAAGAAUUCGUUAUGUGCACCAAGAGAAAAAGUCUGAUUGAAACACUUGCACAUGAAAGCAAUUAGCUUAUCUUCUGAUUUUUGAGGGUUUUUUAUUUCCAUUCUUAAUAAUAACAAUUUAUAAUUCUUUCUCUUCUGACAGAUACCUAGCAUUUUUGUCAGCAAAUGGAGAAAUAUAACCUAUUUGAACAUCUGAUCUCCUUGAUAUUUUGUAAUGAUCGCAUUAGAUCAUUAAUCAUAAAGCACUCCGAUCUCGAUAAGCUGCAUUUACUAUUGUCCCCUCAUAUAUUUUAUGAUGAAGUAGCAUUAUAUACAACAGCAAUUUUCUAGAGGAUGUUUUGAAUUUCAGUUUUCUAGACUGUUAAAAUGAUUGGCUUAAAUCAUACCGACUUUGUAAAUUUUUGGCAGCUCACAUUUAGAACUUUUAGAUCUGCUUUGAUUCCUUCUGGGUGUUGAUGUGCACAUAACAUCAUUUUGCUGUUGUCAGAAUCAAAUCAAUAUUAUUUUCCACUCGUAUGUUUGUUUAUGGGUUAUAUUUUGUUAGGGUUGCUGACUUGUUCGUCUCAAUCUCCUGAAUGGUCUGAAUGUAGUCUAAUUUAGUAUGUAAAGUUCCUGAUGUUAAAGAAAUAGUACACUUCACACUCAUGGUGUAGAAAAUGUUAAACUUUUUCUCCUCACCUCGAAAAAAUCAAUUAUCUACGUUUUUCCCUUGUUACUCCUUAAACACACAAAAUCUUUGUUCAUAAUUUUUUGGCUUUAACCAUGUUUAUGAGCUACUCACCUGUGUGCUGUCACAAUACUGAAGUUUAAAGGUGACAUUUUUAAGAUGUAAGUAAUUUAGCUGAUUAAUUGAAAAUUACGUAGUAAAGUGCAUGAUUUUAAUGAGAGCUAAAAGCAUUUUUGGUAUUUUGUUUCUACAAAUAUUUGGCGCUCAUAAAUGUUACAGUAUGUUCGCUUAAGUCGGUUUCUAUUUUUAUAUUAGGCAAAAACAAUCAAAUAGCUUGGACGUUUAUGAAAUCGCAUUCAGUAAUACUGGUUAAUUUGUGCACUCAAAUAUUCAAAUAUCUUUGUGACAUUUACAAAUUACCAUAGAACAUUUUUCAGAAUUUGUAAAUUUGCUUAAGGAUGGAUUUGGACAACGCUUUUUGUCAUGCCUUUGUUAUAUGCAACACAAUUGUGAUAUGAAGUAAGGGCAGAUAUGAUGAUUCAUCUUUAUUGAGUUUACAUAAUAAAAGGAGAGUUUGGAAAUUCACAGAUCUACCUGUAAAAUCGAUAUACCUCUCGUCUCAGACAAGGUCUGAAGCAGAACUGGUUUACAACCUUUUAAAAAGACGUUUUACAGUCAUUUUGUUUAUGUAGAUUUUGUAUUUAUUGUACAUAUAACGAUUCUGUUUAUAGUUAUUUGUGGGAUUCUUUGAAAAUUAUUGCUUUGCUCAUCUGUUAAUCAAAUCUUGAAAAGUUGUGACCUCAGUGUUCAUAAUCUUAUCAAACUGUAUUUGUAAAAUUCUUGAAUGUGUCCACAUUUAAUUUGUCAAAAUAAAUUGCCAAGCAUGUUUUAUGCA